UUUUCAUGUAAAUAGGACACAAUUCACACAACCAACAAAAGCAUAGGAGAAUUACAUUAAAUUUAAUUGGUAAAUAUCAAUUUAAUCCCAAAAUGAGAUGCAAGUUGAGAAUCGCUUUGCUUUGCGUUGUAGCAGUCACUUUGCUUACGCCACCAGUCCAAGCUACGUGCGUGCAACUGCCAGCAGUCUACCCCUUGGUUAACAUCCUCCUUCCUCUGCUGAACAACGUAUACAACCUCCUUCUGUCUCUCCUGUCAAUCUUCGAUACAUUACCUUCUUCUAUAAGCUGCCUGAUACCUGUAGACUUAGGAGCGUUGGAAACCUCCUUGCUCAAGUUAUACUCACAGGCUUUGGCGAUUGUGAACUUUUUGCGUUCGCUGCCAGAAUAUGCGGCGGGUGCCAACCCUAACACACCUCCCCAAGCUGUUACGAACGUCUCAGGGCUGCUCACGACGCUUCUUGGAGCCAUAUCAGAGUUGGCUGAUGAGGUUUUGGUCGGUAUUGGCGGUGGUCUGUUACCUGGUCUUCUCCAACUGGUCGUCUUGGUCGUCCAAGCCCUGCUUAGCUUGCUACUUUAAUAGUGAAACGUUUGAGGUCAACAGUACAUAUGUUUGCGCGUUGAGGUAGCAGGGGUUUAGGUUUAUUGUGUGAAUAAAGAUUGUUGUUUAAUUGUA